AUGGUUCGGCACUCCGGCCACGGAAUGGAGACCACGUUCUACGACGAGCAGUAUCCCCUCAGCGGUCCGGUGGAAAGUCUCAAACGGACCCUGACGCUGGACCUGGACUUUGGGCGAGGCGGGAAACGGUCGCGGAGCAGCGCACCUGUGCUCUCUUCGCCGGACCUGCAGCUGCUGAAGCUGGGCUCGCCCGAGCUAGAGAAGCUGAUCAUUCAGAACGGCAUGAUAACUACGGCGACACCGACGCCGGGCGCGGCGGUGCUCUUCCCCCCCGCCGCGCCCACCGAGGAGCAGGAGAUGUACGCGCGGCCAUUCGUCGAGGCGCUGGACAAGUUGCACCACGGCGAGCCGGCGCCGCUCGCGCGACGUGUUUACGCCGACCUCGACCGCCCCAUCGACCGCUAUCCCACGCCAGUGGUCAAAGACGAGCCGCAGACUGUCCCCAGCGCCUCCAGCUCGCCCCCGCUCUCCCCCAUCGACAUGGACACGCAGGAGAGAAUCAAACUGGAGCGCAAGCGUCAGAGGAACCGGGUGGCGGCCUCCAAGUGCCGGCGGCGGAAGCUCGAGCGCAUCUCCAAACUGGAGGAGAAGGUUAAGCUGCUGAAGGGUGAGAACGCGGAACUGGCGCAGAUGGUGGUGAAGCUAAAGGAUCACGUGCACCGGCUAAAGCAGCAGGUGCUGGAGCACGCCAACGGCGGCUGCCACAUCGACACGCAUUUC